AUGUCAUCACCUUGCCAGAACGGAGGUACCUGUGUAGCGAACUAUAAGUAUCACUCGUUUGACUGCCGUUGCAAAAAAGGCUUUUAUGGCGAAUUUUGCGAAAAAGGUAAUUGAUAUUCAGACCUGGGCCCCCGUUUAAGUUAGGACAACCAAACUUAGCGGCUUUACCUAAAAUUUAUAUGGGAACAUUUUAAAGGCGUAGUGUCCUGUGCGUCAACGUUGAUGUUACCAUAGCAACCGAGUUUUGACAGCCAUGUUUUUCAACAUUUGCAUUUUCUCUAAAAAAUAGGUUUAAUUCAUUCCUUUUUUCUACUGAUUGAAUUAUUACGUUAUCUACUUUUUUUCAGUUACCAAGUCCUCAUGCCAAGACGUUUAUAAUCAGCUCACAGAAAAGUGGGUAAACCUGUGCAUAGUAAUUUAAUUAAUGAGGAUAGAUCAGUUAAAGUCCGGAGGAUCCUUCGGAGUGCGUCAGUACUGUGUUUAUGAGCCACAAAAACAGCCAAAAAAUCAGUCGUCGAACCUCAAUAACGGGGUAUUCAACAAAUUUUUACGGGGAAGCCCUGCCCCGAGGUCCAUGUCCUUACCUUUUCACAUACCAUUUUUGACAGAAAAGGUUUCGUAUCCCAUUCCAUCCGUUUUGGCGGUUGAGGGGUGGAGUGGCUUGUUACAGGCAUUUUAAAAUGAUCUCAGACCAUACAAGGGUCAAUGGCAAGAAAGAGUACCUUAUCAAAAUCAAACUUGCACGCUGUUUUGCAGUUUCUUUUGUUUUUUUGGUAAUAAAAUCGUAUUAACCCACAAAAAAAAACAGGGUUCAUUGUAUGCAGUUAGUACAUGAUUGUGACGACGAAAUAGACAGUGGACAGUAAGGUAUCCAGUGGUUACCAGUGUCCAUAAAGCGAAGUUGACGGCAUGAGAUUUUCUGACUUGGGAACACAGAAAAGUGUCCGUUUUCCGUAUUAACCGUUGUCCUUAUUAAACGGGUUGGAGAAAAUACGUGAGCGUCAAUAAACAUGCAAAACUACUGACUAUCUGUGUAACAUGUUCUGAGUAGUUGUCAAGAAAAACCAAUCCAAGUAUUAUAGGUAGCUCACGGGUAAAAUAGGGUUCCUUUGACCUCAGAUAAGAAAAACAUCAUGCGCACCAUUUUCGCGGUUUUUAGGUCGCCCCUUUCCCCUUCCUUCUGAACAUCUGUUACGCUGUUUAGCCAACUUCGAUGUCCGAAUUUAAUUCCUAUAGAACACUUUAUUCAAAUACACUUUAUUAAAGUUAGUUGAAGAGCAGAACAGCUUGGUAUCAUAAAGCAAAAAUAAAUAUCAACCUGUCCCGGAGGUGAAAUUAUAUCAGUCCAAAGUACAUUAAUCGUGUAGUAACUCCCAGUAACGUGAUGGGGAACCUGAGAAAUUUAGAUUUAACUGAGACUGUUUUGAAUUCCAUUGAUUCAUUUAUUUUUGUAAGAAAAAGCGAACCUUUUUUUUUUUACAACCAGUUAAGGUACAUUCCAUUUUUUCUCUCCGACAGUUAGGAGCUGGAAAAACUAAAAUGAGAUUUCAUUUUGUACAGGUUGAACGUGGCUCAGUUGGUCACUCUCCUCCUUGACUCCAAACUAGUUUCAGUUCUCUGUCACUUUGGAAAUUUUGGAUGCGGAGAUGGAGGAUGGACACCGGUCAUGAAAAUGGACGGCAACAACGUAAGACAUUUGUGUACGUUUUCCCUUAGUUUGGCGACUAGAGUGAAAAAAAUGACGUAAAAUUGUAACAUUUUCUGGGGAAGCAUAACCCCAGUCCUCCAAGUUUGAAGUGCCUUCGGUGCUCCAACUUUUCUUCUCGUGCGUAUACAUGCUAAGUCCUUGGAUCUGAAAGAUUUAAGUAUUAAGAACACCUUUAAGCUUCUGGAGUAUCUCGGUCAGUAACAGAGGUCAUCAUCCGCUUUUCCUGUCAGACGAUGUGAAGGUUUUCAUAUCAAAACACAGAAGCCUCUGGUCUCUGUACUUGCGAACAGGCGAGAAUUAGAGAUAAUUAUAUUCAAUUCGGCAUUUUUCAAUCGCAUCAAUGAUUAAAGAGCGCAGUAUUUGUUUACUUUUUAUUCUGUCGGUGACCAUUAACGCCAUUUCGCCUGCUGUGACAAACUUCAUUUUAUAAAUCUGGAGAAACAAGGACGUUGUAGAUAUUCUUUUCACUGUAAUUGAUCUUUCAUUACAAAUUCCUUUUUUUUUUCCUUCUCCUGAAAGGAUGUUGUCUUAAGAAGAAAAAGAAACCUUAAUUUGAACUUUUCUUUUUAAAGGACAUUUUUCCUAUUUCUUCCUCCUUUCUACCAUAGCAAACAUUUCAUUACGGUGCAGCCUUUUGGGGAAACAAAAAGACCUUUAACCUUAACGGAGGGAAGACUGGUUUUGACUCAAAAGAGACUAAACUGCCCUCCUACUGGAACACUUCCUUCUCCAAGAUCUGCCUCGGUAUGAAGAUCGGCCAACAGAUCAGGUUUAUUGUCAUCAACCGGCAAGCGAAUUCCUUGUACUCUCUGAUCGCUGAUGGGCAAUACCGCGGCACAUCGCUGGGUCGUGACACUUGGAAGUCACUGAUUGCUUCUGAGGCCUCCUUGCAGCUCAACUGUAACAAGGAAGGAUUCAAUGCUGUUAGUACAAAGUCUGCAUCUUCCAAAGCCAGAAUCGGUAUCAUUGGUAACGACCAAGACGAUUGCCGCUCUUGCAACUCUAGAAUUGGAUUUGGCACUGGAGGACAACCUGGUAAUACCAUCUCUUGUGGUAACGAGGCUAAAUAUGCUCCAGAUAAUGGCGAGAAGCAUAUUAAGGCAAUGGGAUAUAUUUUGGUACAGUGAAAUGAAACUGAUCUGGGCUAAUUUGCCCCCUUGGCGCCAAACAAAAGCUAGCUUAACUUAACUCUAGAUCCUGUCGUUUUUUUUUUUGAGGAUAAACAAAAGAAAAUAAGUAACCAUUAUACAUUAGACUGAAGCAUAUAACACGGAAAAUAAAGGAUACACUGGGAAACCAAGAUAAAAAUCGUUGGCUGUAUUUCUCUCAGUUGCUCCUCAAAGUUGGUACGCCCUAACAAAACUAUCUCAUUUUGAGAUUGUAUGUGAGUGUUCAGGUUUUACUUUUUUUUGUCAUCGUUGUUGUUUUACUUAUGUGACGAGAGAAUUUAUUGUUGUGUAGUUAUUUUGCUUUCGCUGAUAAAAAUAUGAAAAGCCAAUGUAUAAAUCCUAUAUUCUUUAGUUUUAACUUCUUUUAGACGUAAACAACGUGUCGAUUUAUCGAGCGUAAACUUAUUUGUCAAGUCAUAAUUGCUUUUAGUCUUCAAACUCAGUGUAAUUUGACCUGCAAAAAAGCCCUUAUCCACCUGCGUAGCUUUUGGAAGUAAUUAAUGUUUCAAAACAAGCUGAGGUUUCCACCAAUAGUCUUUUAGAAAUGAUUGUUGCGCUCCGUAAUUUGACUCGUUAAGUUGUGAGCUUCGCUAGCUUAGGCUUAAAUACGAGUGCUUUGUAGGAGCUUCUUCGGUUAUACCCUCGUUGCAUCUAGUAGCCUUGGUUAGAUUUUGGUUGGUUAUGUUUUGACUGUACCCGCGGUAUAGUCUUGGAUUAAAACUUCUACAUUAGAGCCAAGUUCUGUUGUGGUCAUUGUCUCAAGGGUAUUCAACAGGGUAUUCAAAGAUUCCGUGCCUUCCCGCAGUCAGCGAGUGUCCCCAGGAAAAGGCCUUUCCGAGAGUCUAAGAGCUUUUCCCCCGUUCGUCGGUUACCCUUUUGUAAAGGCAAAACCUGUUUUCACACUUAGAUAAGUAUUUGAAAAGGGCGAAGUUGGUGAUGCUAGUAUUAGCUUUUCUACAUGACCUGUUUUACAUUAGUUCUUUAAAUAAAUAAGCGUCCUUGAAGAGUACUACUGUAGUAAUGAAAAUAAAAUAAGGACCGUCCUGUAUCGGUAAUUAGAAACGGUCAGUGUUAACGUGGAAAAAUAUAAAUUCAGGGAACUGAAGUGUACGCAUAGGCUUAAAUUAGUCACAAACUAGUGGGUUGGGAAAGUUUUCAGAUUGGAAUGAUAUUUCUCAAAUUAUGAUCAAUCGGUUCCAGAGGAGACUGAAUCGGAGUUUGAACCACGCACUCAAAUGAUACUUGGAAACCGAAUUUGAUUCACGAGAUAAUAUUUUAUUUAAUAAAUUCCUAGAGUGAUUUUGAUUUGGAAGUAUAUCCCUUGGAAAGGAUAGGAUGCGGUUGUGUGAAUGGUUUCCAUCCACGUACUUUUGUGCCCCUAAAAUGUCGUGUUGUUUUUUGGGUUCUAUUGCUACUUUAUUUUUUCAUUCAUGGGUGAAAUUAGAAAAUUUGAAAUACAAUCUCAGUUUAAUAAUGAGUUUUCUUUGCUAAAUCUAAUCGACUGCGUUCUUUUUAGAUCUAAAAUAUUUUGCGCAUUCAAGGUUCUUGCUGAUCCAUUAGACGCUCGGACGUCCGGGACCUUUAUUGAAUUUUGGGACCCACGUGGGGGCGUAUAGACAGGAGACUCAAAGGAGGCGUUUAUUGACUUUAUAAUGUAAUAAAAGUUGCAAGCUCAACAAAAUUUUAAAAGAUGAUUUCGACCAAAAUAUCAAGAGAAUUUAAAAAUGGUGGAAUUUUUGUGUCCAUCAAUUUUACGUCUAGGGCCGUAUACAUAUAGCGAUGUAUAUCAGGAGAUCGUUCGAAUCUUUACAUCGAUGUCAGAAUCCUGGCUUCGGGUUAUUGUGUUUGUCAUCGUUAGUAAAUCCUUACCCUGAAUUUAACACAGAAUAAGCAAAAUGCAAUGCGCAGACGAGGUUGCCUAUUUACCGAGUCAGGAUUUCGAGUUGGGUUUCCAGUUGGAUUUUCGUGUUGGAUUUUCGAGUUAGGAUAUUUUUGGCGAGAUUUUUUGGCGGGGUUUCCAAUAAAUUUUCAGUGGUUUUACACAACGUACUCUGUCAGCGGUGUUGCACAUCGUCUUGAGGUCUUUUCAAGAUGGAGGAGAACGAGGAUGGCAGACCGGUAACGGCAAUCUUGUUUAAUCUAUCCUAGUAUUGCAUUCGUAAUUAUAUUUUUGACUGGACAGAAUGGCUUACACUUCAAUGAAUGCUUUUAUUUAUGAAUUAUUCAUUAAUUGUCGAGUGUCGGCCGGAUGUAAACCAUUAAAAUCUUUCGUAAAAUAAUGUUUGAUUUCAGAGAAUUAUACACCAGAAAAAACCUACAUGUGAUCCCAGAAAUGUUACCUGGUUAUAAUUUUGUUUUCAGAAGCACAUGAUAUAUCCAGGGCCGGGUGGAAGUGCCAAUUAUAGAAAUAUAUAGUAUAUAAAUAUAGAAGUCAAUGUCACGAGGUGCAAAUUAUCUAAGGCCCAACGUAACUGGUUUUUUAAUACUGCAAGAGCGGUGCAAAUAUCUUUCUUUAGUAAAAUCCAACUUUAGUGGUCUAUUAUCAAUGCUGCGUUCUGAUUGGUUGAGCUACUAUAGCUACUAGGCUAAAAUGUUAUAGCCCACUAGUAGCGAAAAGCGCCGGCUUUGAAAACCAAAACAAAGGCGGCUGAAUAGCGUUUUCCUAGUUAAAGUUGUUUUGUCUCGAUAUUUUUGACCACCUAGUUGGAUUUUACUAAAACAAUUAUUCCUCUCGCCCUCAUGGCCCCUGAGUCAAUAGCCCAUGACCCCCCUGUAUAACUCAUGCAUUUCGGGCUGAUAGUCCGCUUGUUUUUACAGUAAUCUGGUGCUUAAUGCAGUUACAAAAAAACUCCAUACCUAGACAAAACGAAUGAUGAUACCGAGUCUGGAUGAAAAAGAAGUUUCAACACCUGUGUAAUUUAUCAUUUACUUGGGAAAACUGGAGGGGCUGGACAUUCCGCUUGUUUGUGUCAUUCCAACCUUCAGAGAAGAUUUAAGACGAAGUAAUUUUCGUACUCUUUUCAGUCUGUGCAGCCGAUUUGGAUAUAAUUUGUAGCGGAUCGUUCUCAAACUACGUGAAAUUUUAUUUACCAUUUUCACCGAGACCAUAAUUAUACACCUCGUUUGAGCCCCCCCCCCCCAUUUUUCAUCACCAUUGUUUCCUAUUGUUUCACCUCUUAACAGAGUCGUCCCAAGAGAAAUCGAAGAAAAGGGUUGUACCAAAUUUGGGGGUGUAAACAAGGUACGUUAUGGUCUCGGUGAAAAUUUUCAAUAGUUUUAUAUCUAUGCACCAGAUUUCCACCUGGGUGGUUUGUGUAAAUGGUAAGCAUCUCUCAGUUUCCAAAGAUUGUUUACUAACUAUGCAAUACAACAGACGCGCUGAUCAGACAUAACAACUCAGGUUUGAUUGAUAUUCUUAUUAGUCUGGCUGCCAGAAGCGACACACACAAUUGAAAAGAAAUUCAUAGAUAAUUAAUAUUUAAUAUUGCAUAUAAUUUAAUGGUUUUUGAGAACACCUAUCGCUUUAGAAAAAGACUCAAUAUUUUACAGUGUUUGUCAGGUUCCUCAAUUUCACGGAGUUCUCCAACAGUCUCUCCCCACUAAUCGGCGAUGUUCUCUUUUUACUUUUGCUCGUUUUCCCUCAUUCCGUUGUUUUCUGUGAUACCUAAUGCGGCUUCUACUCAAAUGGAAGGUUAGUUUUCUUUUAUUUAUAUAGAAGGACAUAGACUGACAUGACUUCUUGUGCUUUGUAUGUAACAUGUGACUUUCCUUGGUAACUAAAAAUUCCGGUGAGUGCGUUAAAGAGAUUGUAUCAGAGCUCCGAUCUAAGUGAGGGCUGUGGAUGUAAACUAUGUUUUCUUUUAAAGACACCAUGGUUAAAAUGCAAAGACGCUUCUGCCCUUGGAAAUGAAAAUAGCACUAGUCACUCGGGGGGAAAACUUGCCAAACAAUUUGGUUUGGUCAUCGUUAAAAAUUGUCUCUCCAUUCACGAGUCAGACUCACUAGUGAGAAAAUUAAGAAGUGGAAAAAAAUUGUUAUGGUCAUCGUGAGACGAUUGUCUUCCCCUAGCUAGUUCUUUAUUCAACAGCUUAAGUACUGAAACUUCUAGCAGAGACAUUUUUUAAGUGUCAAGAGCUGCAGACGGGCUACAUGGGUUUCCAUUCCUUACCAAAACCACCCCACCCCUCCAUUGCUAGGCAGGCUUGUUACGCCAGCUGGUACCUAAAACAAACGACUCCACGGCUGAUUGCUUAAACCACGAUGGGUAAAUUGAGGUUGCAAAAACGGACAUUUCUUAAUCCAGCCUACUUUAAAUGAGUGACAGUGCUCAUAACCUAAAAAAAAAUAUUUUCAACUCAAAGUAUACAUUUGUUGUGGAGUAUUUUGAAAGUUAUUUUUAGACAGAUCUAUCUUAUCUUUUAAGUUUAGUUUUUGAUCUUUUGUUUUCACUUGUACUUUAUUUAAUUCACGCUUAGCUCGUGAAUUUUUUUCAGUUACCAUAUUCGGAAUGUUAUUCGCUUGGCAUUCUCAGAUGUUAGUUUUUUACAGGUGGUCGUGCUUGUGGUGUUAGAGCUGACCUUCGUUCUUUGGUACUUAUCAGUUGCGACUGUGCGUAGGCUAAUCUAUUCCCUAACAAUAGGAAACCUGUUGCAAUGUUAGCGAUACGAUAUACAGACAUGUCCAGUUUUCGUUAUUAAAACCACUACUGUACUUGAACUAGAUGACAAAAUCAGGGAUCCGAGACAAACAAAUAUGUCUCCUGAGCAUUAUUUUUGAAGUUGCAAGCAGCAGGGAUCAACUUUGAAAAACUGUUAGGCUGAACAGUUUUCAAAAUCCCGAAUUUCAAUCCGUUUCAACCCUCUUCAGUUUUGCCCAUCCGUGGCAUCUGUUGUUUCUGUUGGGUUAUUUUAACCUUGCUUUAAAGUUUUAAGAGGCUAUUUUUAUGUUUCUCUCAAUUUAACGGGCAUUUUGUAAUUUGCUAAUUUGGCUGAAUUUUGUGACACAGCUCCUUUAAAAUUAGAGAUUAUAUGGACAGGCGGGUUAACCCACCUACGCGGUUUACCUCACCUUACUGGGGUCCCCCACCUCCAUGUAAACAGGCCCUAAGAAAUGUGCCCCAAAGUGUGAUGCACGUGCGGAGCUGUUAUUUUUUCAUUACACAAAUUGUUUUCAGACGUUCGAUCGUUGCCGCCAUCGUCGAUAGGCUGCUUCAAACUUAAUAAAUCUUAAUCAGUUUUAAAGCUCACAAAAAGUAUGAUUUAUAGAACUACAUGACUUUAAACAGUCCGGGCCACAACCAGAUCUGGAUAUGUAAUUUCCUGCAAUGUGAUUGGUCCAGAACGCAACCAACACAUUGAUUUGACCGCGAAAGGACUAAGUUCGACAGAAAUGUCGCAGCAAAGAGCGCUAUGGCUGGGAUGUUCCUUGAAGAAAAAUUAACAGCAUGUACUACCAAACCGAUUAAUCGAGAUGAUUUUAUGCGUCUUGGCGUUCGAUUUACAAAUAUCAAGAUGAUAAUGAUCGAGGAAGGUUUCUGUAAAAACGCCUGGACUUCUGAUAUCAAGAGGCCCGAAGCAACUGAACGACACGGAUCGAAAAGGAAGAGUAGGGAAUUUGAAUACUUGAAAUACUGAUACAUUUUAAGUGGAAAGGUAUAAAGAAGUCGUGUUUGGAGUACUUUUUACGAGCACUGCUUUGGCCUAGAGUAGUAUGCUUUAUGCUUCUUCGGGAGCAAUUGCAAGUUUUCAGUGUCACGCUAUUCAAAAUAGAUCAAAAUAAAAAUCAAAACCAUUCGACAGAUAAAGCCCAGAAUCUGGGAAGUGAAAGGGGAUAAAUACACAAAGACCCUCGCCAAGAUUUGGGCCGAAGGAAUAAUUCGUAUACGAGAUAUCCGAGGAAAUGUUUUACCCAAAUUUAUAGAGCUUUGUAUGGAGACGCCAUGCUGGAGCUCAUCCGGAUGAGCUCCAACAUGGCGGACGGAAACCAACAGAAACUUCUGUUGCCGAGUUUUGCUACAAAAGCGUGAAUUUACUCCUAGAGGAACUCAUAAACAUUAAAGUAAUACUCUUUCUAAUGCUUGAACUGUUUAGAUAGCAAAAUUCCUCGAAAAAAGUUACUUUUUUAACCUAAAUGACAGCUCUCUCGGCCGUAAUGUAAAUGCUGCGUCACGCAAAAGCUUAGAAAUUCAAGCGUACCUAUUACAAAACCAAGAACACUUUUGAAGCGAAAAUUUGUUUGAAAAUUAGUUUUCAGCUGCUCUAAUACACCAUGAAAGUAAAAUCUCAGUUGGAUCGAUAGUUUUGUAUUUUGAAUUUUAGUGACGUCAUGUGAAAACCAACAAUACCAUACGCGCUAAAAUCUAAUUGCGAUCGAAGGAGUGCUGGAUAUCAAUUUUCAAUAUUUCAAUCGUCAAACAUCUUGGAUUAAUAUGCGAAGGUAAAAAAAAUAAAUAAAUUUUCUGUAAAUUGCACUCGCGAAGGGUCGUAAACAGUCAUUAAUCAAUGUCUGUCUUUUCGUGGUGCAAAACCCCAUUGCGGAUGAAAAUAUUAAAAUACCAUUCACCAGUUCAGAGGUGGACUUUAUCGUGUUCUAAUAACAUUAAAGUAGGGUGGUAGGCCUACACGAAUUUUAACUCAUGCCAAAAUGCUGCUCGUUUCAAUGAAGUUUUUUUCCUCUGCUGGGUAGAUUAUGAUCUGGAAGAUUGUACAUUUUCACUGAGAUUUUAGCCUCUUGUUGCACACUGAGAGGUCAUGGCACACACAUCGAUUUACCGUGGUUUUUGUGUCUGGUCUGAAGGAUUUUCCCUCUAAUGCAAGAGCAUUUUCUGUGACCUCAGUUUUUGAAGCGUAAAGCAUUUUAUUACGGCUAAAUAAGGGUUUUAAUUUUCUCCAAAGUGCCUGCUAGAUCUGAAUAACUAAGCGAUUUUUGUUAGUCCGUGAAUGUAAAUAAAAAUGUUGUUGUUUUUUUUUUUGCAGUGUUGUAUCAGGCUGUGAGUUUUCUUUGCAGGAUGUUAAAUUAUCACGGAUAGUGAUUUAUAGAUACUAAAUUAUAAGAAUUAAGUGCAGCUUCAACUGAAGCUGCAUCUAAUAUGGAGAAAUGCAUUGCGACUCAGUAGACUCCAGCUUGGUGUUUUUCUAUAAAUGCGAGUCUUCUGACUGGAGCGCGUAUUCCCAUCCUUGACAAUAGCUUUUGAAUAAGCUUAACAGUGUUUGAACUGUUUUGUUAUUGCCACUUUGUGAUCAGGCAAGACCAUGGUUACGGUUCUCCACGAACAAACUGGCGGCAUCUUUUUGCCACAAAAACAAGGUGCUUUUGCUUUUCCAUCCGACUGCAAGAUAAAAAAAAACAUUGCGUUACAAUGAAAAGCAGCAGCACGUGAACGGCGCAACUGACUGCUGCAUCUUCCAAAGCACAGCACUACUUGAAUUCGCUAUGCACUACACCAAAAAGACCACCACCAACAGGCACAUUUUAUGUAGAUUUCAAAAACGUUUUUUUCAAGGAUCAGAAAAUUGAAACUCACCUUCUUUUUUAGAUGUUUUGCGCCUUGUCCGGCAUUUCUUUGAGCUGAAAAACUCUCGUGUUCGGUCGUUUUGCCUCCCAAGAACGCACAAACGUUAAUCGGACGGCAUUUUUUCUUCACACCCCUGAUUUCUCGCUGCUAAAGUCACAGCUCUCAAAGUAGUAUGGGGAAAAGACACUUAUAGGUGCAGCAAAGAGCCUGGAAGUGACCUUCCCCUGUGUUUCUCGGCGAGGGCGCCAUUUUGCAAAUGUGGGUGACGUCAUCAUAUAUCCAGAUCUGGUAGUGGCCCGGACUGUUAAAAGUCAUAAAUAUCAAGUACCUAAGAACUGCCAGAAAAAUACUUAAUUCCAUCAGAAAAUAAUUCCCUAUUUUUCUUCCCCUGACCUCUUUACUUUAGCUACGUUUUUGAGUUUCAGCUCACUUAAUGCGUUCCACUUUAAAAGCCAUUCUUAAAGCCAGGAACUCCCUAAAUUAAGAGAUUUCUAAUAUGCACGACCCAUGCAUUCUAAAAACGUAAAUUAAACCCUUCAUUCUUUCUCUUCAGAAUUUACCCCCAUGUAUCAUCACAGUCUUCGUCAAGAUGUUUUUAUAAAGGACGAGUACCAUUAUUUAAGCGUUUCUAAAGUUGGAACGUUUACAGUGUAUGACAGCCUUGACUGCACCUUUGAAUGCCUCGGCAAUCCUUCCUGUCUGUCCUUCAACCUGGCAGCUUCCAAAGGAGCAGAUGGAAAUUUGCGGUGUGAGUUGUUAUCCUCAGAAAAGUACAGCAGUCCUGAGGAAUAUAAAAGGAACGAGAGUUUUCAUCACUUUUCCAUCAAGGUGGGGUAAAAUCUUUGCACAGAGUUUAUUAAAGUAAGAUAUUUUUUGAUAUCCCAGUCUAUGCGACUUUUAAUAACCUGUCACGAACACUAAUCGACGUAGAAGUGACUACUGCACGUAACAAGUCGGGGUUAUUCAGUCGAAUGUCACUUUCUCCUUUUUUUUUCUUACUUCUGCCAUCAACACUUUUACGCAAAACGAAAUUACCUUAAUUAUAUGGCAUUUCACAUCAACCUUUUCUUAAACUAUUUCAGACUCCAUGUAUGUCAUCACCUUGUCAGAACGGAGGCACCUGUGUAGCGAACUAUAAGUAUCACUCGUUCGACUGCCGUUGCAAAGAAGGGUUCUAUGGAGAAUUUUGCGAAGAAGGUAAUUGAUAUUUAGACCGGGACCCCCGUUCAAGUUAGGACAACCAAACUUAGCGGCUUUACCUAAAAUUUAUCUUGGAAAAUUUUAAAGGCGUUGUGACGUGUACGUCAACAUUGAUGUUACCAUGGCAACCGAGUUUUGACAGCCAUGGUUUUCAGAAUUUGCUUUUUCUCUAAACAAAAUAGGUUUAAAUUCAUUUCUUUUUUAACUGAUUGAUUUAUUACGUUAUCUACUUCUUUUUUACAGUUGCCAAGUCCUCAUGCCAAGAUGUUUAUAAUCAGCUCACAGAAAAGUGGGUAAACCUAUGCAUAGUAAUUUAAUUGAUGAGGAUAGAUCACUUAAAGUCCGGGGGAUCAUUCGGAGUGCGUCAGUACUGUGUUUAUAAGCCAAAAAUCAGCCGUCAGGCCUCAAAAACGGAAUACAAUUGUGUUGCAGGGAAAGUCGAUAUCACUUAAUUAAUUGUACAUGUUAGAAUUCGUAUCGUGGCUGAUGAAUUCUAUUUCAGCCUUUGUUCUCCACUCUGGAAACUUAGGGUUAUUAGAGACCUAAACUUGUAAAAACUGUUGAAUUUUUAAAACAAAUGAUUGGUACUGUUAAGAUAAUAAAAACCAUAAUCUGUGAACACCACCAUCCUGCAAUGAAGGCCCUCCAGCAAAAAAAGUUGUUGAUGAAAUGCGGUUGAAUCCCGCCGUUUCGUUUAAUACGAACACCCGUAUAAAAUGAAUGAUUCGUUUGUACCGACAAAAGUUCAGAUAUUUCAGUGCUCAUAAGUAAACCUGGUUAAUAUGGAAAACAAACACUUUUCUUGUGUCCCGAGUCCCAAACUGUCAUAUAAUAAUUAUCGUAAACUUCCCCGGAAGGUCCUCAAUUAAGUUUUAUAGGGGUCAACUCCUUACGUUUUAGCCCAUCAUUUUUGCAACUCCUUACGUUUUAGUGCCCAUCAUUUUUGCAGAAAAGGUACUCCUUUCGUAUACCAUUCCAUUCGUCUCUAAUGGUUAAAGGUUCGAGUGGCUUGUUGCAGGCACUUCAUCCCCAGGGGGUACUCAACAAAUUUUUACGGUGAUAAUCCCUGCCCCGAGGUCCACGUCCUUACCUUUUCACAUACCUUUUGGCGGUUGAGGGGUGGAGUGGCUUGUUACAGGCAUUUUAAAAUGAGCUCAGACCAUACAAGGGCCAAUAGGAAGAAAGACUACCUUAUCAAAAUCAAACCUGCACGCUAUUUUAAUUGGAGUUUUUUUUUUUUAGUAACAAAAUCGUAUUAACCCACAGAAAUCUGUAAUUAUUUGAAAAAGGUUCAUUGUAUGCAAUUAGUGCGUGGUUGUGACAAGGAAAUAGACCGUGGCAGCUAUAGGUAGCCAGUGGUCACCAGUGUCCAUAAAGCGGGGUUGACGACAUGAGAAUUUAAGUCUUCGGAACACAGAAAAGUGUCCGUUCUCCGUCUCAACCGUUGUCCUUAUUAAACGGGUUGGAGAAAGUACGUGAGCUUCAAUAAUUAAAACAUGCAAAACUGACUACUGAAUAUCUGUGUAACAUGUUCUGAGUAGUUGUCAAGAAAAACCAAUCCAAGUCUUACAUGUAGCUCGCGGGUAAAACAGGGGUCCUUUGCCGUCAGAUGGGAAAAACAUCAUGAGCACCUUUUUUGCGGUUUUUCGGUCGCCCCUUUCGCCUUCCCUCUGAACAUCUGCUACGCUGUUUAGCCAUCUUCGAUGUCCGAAUUUAAUUGCUACAGAACACUUUAGUCAAAUACACUUUAUUAAAGUUAGGUGAAGAGCAGCACAGCUUGGUAUUAUAAUGCAAAAAUAAAUAUCAACCUGUGCUUGAGGUGAAAUUAUAUCAGUCCAAAGUACAUUAAUCGUGUAGUAGCUCCUAGUAACAUGAUGGGGAACCUGACAAAUUUAGAUUUGACUGAGAUUGUACUGAAUUCCAUUCAUUUAUUUUUUUUUUACAACCAGUUAAGGUACAUUCCAUUUUUUUCUCUCCGACAGUUGGGAGCUGGAAAAAUUAAAAUGAGAUUUCAUUUUGUACAGGUUGAACGUGAGUCGGUUGGUCACUCUCCUCCUUGACUCCAAACUAGUUUCAGUUCUCUGUCACUUUGGAAAUUUUGGAUGCGGAGAUGGAGGAUGGACACCGGUCAUGAAGAUGGACGGCAACAAGGUAAGACAUUUGUGUACGUUUUCCCUUAGUUUGGCGACGAGAGUGGAAAAAAAAAAAUAAAUACAGGUUUGCCUCUGUCAGAGGUAAUUUUCAACAGGGGCACCCAACGAGGAUAUAGUUCAAAACCACUUAACAUAGCAUUGUUGAACGUAUUUUAGUAUUCAAACGGUAGAUAUAGGCAUAUUUUUAUCCCCUAAAAACGUUUCAUCUGUUCGGAUUUCCUAGCUGAAAAUCUAGUUAUCCGAAAAUGAUAGGGAUAAAAACUUACCUUUUUAUUCUAUCGGUGACCAUUAACGUCAUUUUGCGUGCUGUGGCUAAAUUGUCAUUUUAUAAAGCUGGAGAAGUGAGGACAUUGCAGAUAUUCUUUUCAUUGUAAUGGAUCUUUCAUUCUUUCUUUUUUCUUCUCCUGAAAGGAUGUUAUCUUUAGAAGAAAAAAGAAGCUUAAAUUUCAACUUUUCUUUUUAAAGGACAUUUUUGCUAUUUCUUCCUCCUUUCUACCACAGCAAACAUUUCAUUACGAAACAGCCUUUUGGAGAAACAAAGAAACCUUUCACCCUGACGGAGGGAAAACUGGGUUUGACUCACAGGAAACCAAACUUCCCUCCUACUGGAACACAUCCUUCUCCAAGAUAUGCCUCGGUAUGAAGAUCAACAACCAGACCAAUUUUAUUGUCAUUAACAAGCAGGCGAACUCCUUGUACUCUCUGAUCGCUGAUGGGCAAUAUCGCAGCACCUCACUGGGUCGUGACAAGUGGAUGUCACUGAUUGGUUCUAAUGCCUCAUUGCAGCUGAACUGUAAAAAGGAAGGGUUCAACGCAAAGUGUACCUUGAUUGGCCGUUCCAAAGCAAGAAUCGGUAUUCUCGGCAACGAUCAAACAGAUUGCCAUGAAUGUAACUCCAGAUUGGGGUUUGGGAGUGAAGGGAACUACGAUGAUAGGCGGAAUACAUGUGGAAAUUUGGAUAACCACAAAGGAAAAAGACUGAGCAUCAAGACAAUGGGGUAUAUCCUGGUGCAGUGAUAACAAUGCUCCUUUACAUGUCUUUGAGCGAGUAGUGGGAAUAUGUUAUACCCGAAGCAUAUAAGCCCGAUUCGGGUUAUAUGCUUCUGAUUCUUCACAGUCCCUUUAACGAUACCUCAUCGUUACGAUGAUGAGUAGAAAUAAGUUUAGUUAUAGACAAACAUUAUACACGUCUAGACCUAACGAUUUUUUCUGUCGAGGCAUGUGAACAGACAACCAGUGGGGAUCAUGUUUGUAAUGUUUGUCCAAGAAUGUUAAAGAGCGGUUCUUGGUGUGUAUAAAAGUAGAAGUGCUCGGAUAAUUUGCUCUCCUAUUCCUUGCCAUUGAAACCUGUGGAAUUGAAGAAACGUUUUUAACAAGAACUUAAAUCUAAACGUUUCUCAAUGUAAGAAAGCUACUUAAAAACGAAGAAAUACAUAAUAAUAAACUAAUAUAAUAAACUUUAUUUCUCAAACUGCGAUCAUAUCCAGUGGUUGCACAAAAGACUGAAUCAGAUUUAAGGCAGCCAACCGGUCUGAGGGAGGCACUUUAGGACUGAGACUGUUGCUACACACAGAUAGUCCGUUGGGAAGACUGAUGUGUGAUGGGUUGAAAGUGAUAAAAGAGGCAGUGGCGAUUCCCACCAACAAAGACACGUCCCCUACACUUUUCCUAUAGUAAUGUAGGUUGUUUAACCUCACCUUCAAAUUUUAAAAUACCGUAUUUCCUCGAAUAAUAGCCGUCCCUCGAUUAAUCGCACCCCUCGAAUCAAUUACCCCUCUUAGACGGAAAUAUUGAAGACAGGCUCCUCCCUCGAAUAAACGCCCACUCUCCACCUCUCUCGCCAUCUUCUCUUUCUGUUAUACCCUCCCGGUCAACUUGAAGUGGCGUCUGAUCCAGCAGAAUGAUCAGUGACAAUUCAAUUAAGUUCUGAUACCGAAGAUAUUGACACUGAAAAUUAAUCAAGGAACCAAAUUUGGAACACUUAAAAAGACCAUGUUCAGUUUUUCUGAUGUGAUCAUUUUUCGAUUUAAUGGGAUAAUAAAACAAAAGGACACGACUUCCAAAAUUUUGAAUAAUCGCCUCCCUCGAACAAUCGCCUUGCCUCCUCGAAUAAUCGCCCCCGGCUAUUAUUCGAGGAAUUAUGAUAAAUGAGGGAGGGUGAAAAUUAAUGAGACGAGGCAAACGGCUUAAUGACACCGCCAAAUAAUGCUGUCAUCUAACCUAAGUCAUGGUCACUAUACACGGCCAGCAUUAUCUUGCCAGCAUUUUGCUUAUUAUUAGCAAAUCUGAGCUAACAGGCCGAGAAGUGGUUACAUGCAUGCAUACAAGACAGCGAAGCAGGAAAGACGUGGGCGAGCGAGGAGCACCAGACGCGCGCGUGUCUCACGCCACUCGCACGAAAAACGCGAAAAACCAGUACCUGUUCUACAGGCUGAUAAUAAGAAAACAGGAAGAGGUACUGAGAUUUUAGAAAAGAACAGGGACAGGGCGCUUUCUUUAUAAUGGGCUCGUGUUUGUAGCACCACUUCACAACCUUUGGAGAUGUAGAUGGAUUCUGACAACACUAAUAAGCGGUAUACAAAAAUAAUGAUACACGACGCAGACGUAGUAUAGAGUGUUUUCACUAACGUGGCCAGCAUCUAUGCAAAUUUAUUAGAACAAAAGAAAGCGUUUGCAUAAGAAAAGAGUUCAACUCCCACAGGACUGGUUUGGGACACCAACAUGGCCGUCGUUUCAUUGUUUUGGGACACCAAUAUGGCCGCCGUGACGUCAUGUGAAAACACUCUAUAGUAGUAAGGAGCAUAAGCAAAGACCACGGCUACGAGCUCGAGAACGCCUCUUAAUUAAAGGUGCAUUCGCUCUGCCUCGAACGUUUUCGUGCUCAUUCCAUCUCGUUUAUUUCGUUAAAUGGUGGCAAAUUGUUUUUGGAGUUGAAUUCUAAAGGACUGUAUCAAAGUUCAGGAAAAAAAAAGAAAGUUGUUGUCUUGUGUCCCCGUCUUCGACAAAACGUGAAAUUAGACACUUUCACGUUAUAGUCGUGUAACAACGAUGCAAAGUUGUUGUUUUGCCAAUCUAAACCUAUUGCUCUUUUGCCUUUCUCGUUGCCGUCGCCGUCGUCGUUGCUUAACAGGCUUAAGCUCCCUAAUGAUGACUGCUUUUGUUUUUCGUUUUUGUAGAAAUCAGAAAAAAAAAGUGUGAAAGUAAUCAAGAUCUGUAAGGGAGCGGGAGGGGGAUUCUGCAGUCCCACAUUCCCACUUCCGGGGUUUUUACGAAAAUACCGCAUCUCGCCAUUUUUUCAUCGCUUUUCCAAAUCUCCUUGGUUGUUUCCAAAAAAAAACAAUGUUUUAAGUAAGAAUAAUUGUUGCAUUAGGCAUCAAGUCGUUAACUGGCAUGGUAUGCUAUUGCGCCACGCGCACUUCCCUAAGACCUUGCAAUCAUAAGACUCGCUAUCAUGCUGAAUUUAUAUUAAUAAAUCGAAAGUGGCUAAUUGAAACAAUGGGUUUCCUGUUCGCGUUUGAUUAUUUUUAUUAGUUUCAAUUAGGAAAUUAUUAACCAUUGGAAACCAUGCACAACCUACAGAUUAGUUAGUUAAUUUUAUCUGCUAAUCUACCACCCAGUGCUAGCAGAUAACUAACUGUACUUUGCCUUGAUUUCCAAAAUUAACUGUAGUGUCUUAAAAGCUUGGCCAAGGAGCAAAUAGACGGUAAGUAUAAUGUCUAAUAAUUCAAUUAAACAAAACAGGGUUAAAAGAUCCCAACUGGCCGGCAAACCAGUUGGCUAUUUACAAGCGUUAUCGAGGAUUAGAACUAGGCCACCGACAACGAGAAUCCAUCUAGAAAUACUGUUGUUUCCAAGACAAAAACAGUUUUCCAAAUUCUUAAAAAUAAUGGUAAUUGUAUUUUUGCUGCACAAUAUUGCACAGUCUUUCAUUCUGGAAAUUUUCGCUGAAAUGAUUCGAACCAUUUCUACCUUCAAAAACUCAUAAGUAAUUCAUAGCGAAAAACAAAAGAAAUUUUAUGUUUAACGAGUGUCUUUAUAUUCGAUAAAGAUGCGGUUAAACUGUACGUCCAAGUUUUUAUAAGACCAAAAUAACCCCAAAUCUACGUAUUAGUGAAAGAAUCAGUUGAUAUAUAUCAGAGAUUUUGAAGCCGUUCAAAAUACUCGUGGAAGUGUAUUACCAGGUGUAAAAACUCUCGGCUUCGCAUCGAGUUUUUAAACCUGAUGAUACACUCCUGCUCGUUUUUUAAACUGUACGUAAAACCGUCAUGUUAACCCAAGCGAUUUAAUUCAACGAUAUGGUUCAUUUUUAAUAAACAUUUAAAAAUCCUAAUUUUACGUUUUAUGGAGGAUUUUAGUUGCUGAAAAACUCUAUAUUUUGCAAGAGCGGCGCAAAUAUCUGUCUUAAGUAAAAUCCUACUAGUGGUCUGUCAUCAAUGCUGCGUUCUGAUAGGUUGAGCUACUACUAGGCUAUAUGUUAUAGCCCACCAGUAGCGAAAAGCGCCGGCUUUGAAAACCAAAACAAUGGCGGCUGAAUUGCGUUUUGCUAGGUAAAGUUGUUUUGUCUCUAUACUUUUGACCAACUAGUUGGAUUUUGCUAAAAACAAUUAUUGCUCUCGCCCUCGCCCUCAUAGCCCAUGAGGCCGAAGGCCGAAUGGGCUAUUGACUCAGAGCCCAUUCGGGCUCGAGGAAUAAUUGUCAAUUAGAAAGGGUGAGACUGGUUUUAGCUUAGCCGCAUAAGAUUGCAUUAAACGCUCUUUCCUUUUCACUUAUUUGAAGUCUUUUCGUGAGUUUAUACAUGAUACUCGCUGUCAGUAAAUUUUUCAAAAUGCUGCACUUCAGCUACGAUUUCUUAAAUAAAGCUAUUCUACUUCUCAAGGAUUUUAAGAGACUCCUCAAUUUUUUAACCAAUUUUGCCGGCAAGAAAACGGGGUAUACAAUUAACCAAGAUAUAAUUCUUUGGUGUUAGAAAGUAUGGGUUCGAAGACGAGAGUGCAAAAAAAAAAAAAUAAAAAUUAUGUUUUAUAAACGUAAACACUAUAACCUUUCUGCAUGUGCGCACACAAUUUUCCUUCUUCUCUGCCUUUCUUUUCAAGUCUGGAACUUCCUUCAAAGGGUGAUAUUUGAAUACAUGUCACCGAGACCAAUAAGCAAACAAAGUUUCAGUAUGGAUUAAUCAAGAGUUUAAAUUUUGUAUUAGAAACAUAAAGGAAGACAUAUUUCUUGCAAAAAAUACUAAGCAUUGUUUAAGUUAAAUUAGGACUUCUUUUCAAAGGGAUUUCAAUUCUGACGUUUCCCGCGUGUGACAAUCCGUUAAUUUGAGUAACGUUCCUUUGCUAAUUACAUACCAGUCACAUACAUACUUUAUUGAGACUCCUUCAACAGGCGGCUUUUCAGUCACAAUGUUAACUAUUACAUUAUAAUGGUAAUUAAGAAAAAAACUUAUUUACAGUAGUUUAAUUAAAUUCAAAAUACAUCCAAAUCAAUUUAUUUCGUAUGAAAGUGUCCGCUUAAAACUAUCAAUAUCUUUAUAGUGUUCUUAAUAUUGUCAGCUAGUCGAUUCCAUUCCCUUGGACCCCGAAAAUAAAAUGCCGUUUGUCCCAUUGACAGUCUACAUCGGGGGACCACAAAAUUGUUACAUCCCCUUGUGUUCUUGUUGUGAACUGCUUUUUUAAAAAAAUAUUUACCUAAAUAAUCUGGAGCUGAGCCAUCUAAUUGUUACACGGAACCUAUUUUUACAGACUGAUCAAUGCAUUUAACUUAUUAUCUCUUGCUGCUGAAUAUAUAGAGGAUAUUUCAACACUCGAAGAGAAAUUUCGUAUCUCCAAGCGGCCAUGUAAUAUCCUCUAUAUAUUCAGCAGCAAGAGAUAAUAACUGAAAUGCAAUGAUCAGUCUGUAAAAUAGUUCCGUAUACCAAUUAGAUGGCUUAGCUCCAGAUUAUUUACUGUAAAUAUUUUUUUUCAAGCGGCCAUGCAAUGUUCUAUUUAUUAUAUAAACACCAGUGAAUUACAAAACCAUUUCUUUCUGUGAAAGGCGCGAUUUAUUAUGUAGCGAGAGCAACGGUGAUUUUUCACGUGUGAAGAUAACAUGUUUAUAUUUUUCACAUGUGAAGAUAUCAUGUUUUCGCGCGAACGCUUACCUGGUAUUUAAAUGGUGGUUAUAUAAUAUACUAACUAGGGUAUCUAAAAGAUAGUAAUGCUGCGGCACAUUCUGUUGAUACUGGCAUUAGUUAGGCAGUGAGACUUAAAAGAAUCGAAGAUGACAUUGAAUGUCCUAUGUACAUGUUGGAAAGUACUAGAAUAAUUACUAUCAGUCGAUAGAAAGAACUCGUGGGAACGUUGUUUAGAGAAUGAUCAAGUGGUUAUGAACUCUGGUUUUUCCACAGUAAAUUGUAGGAAAUGAAAGAAAUUCAGAUUGUUUAUCCAUAUAUUUAAUAGAAAAGAUUGUACGGUGUACUAUCUUUUCUCUGGAAACACGAUACUUUUCUUGAUGUUUAUUGCACUUUAUUAAGUAACAGUUAUUUAGCUAUAUAUUUAUAGAAAACAACAACACAAAAAACGAAAAAAAAAAAAGAAAGAAGGAAAAAAAGAAUUUGGUAGGACUCGAACCCGGCACCAUCACCUCGACGCGACUACACCUAACCACUACACCACAGAAACUGAUUACGUAGAUUCAUGGAUAAUAAUUAUCCAUGGUAGAUUUGGGAAAAGUCUUUAAUUUAAUGCCUUUUCCAUGAAACUUCCGCCGGCAAGAUGAUCGCCAGCCGCAUUAAUCGAGCUAUUAACAGUAAAAAAACAAUGUAAACGCAUAUUCCAUGGCAAUGAAUGAAUGAAAGAACAUAAUUUUGCUUUUCAAAACGCCAAUACACGUCCUCGUCUCCAACGUAGGACACAAAACAUAUGUUUUGUUAUCUCGAUUUCCGCUGUUAUUUUGAAGUCCAAUCCCCAAGUUAACCAUCGUACUCAUCUGAAACACUCCUGCGUGUCUUAAAUUUGGUAAGACCUCUAACCGUGCUGUAAAAAAUUUGCUACAAAGAAAACUCUGAGUCUGGGCAGCGAACGAUGCGAACUUCCCCGUGUUUUUAUUUGAGUUGUUCGUGGCGCAAUGCACUCUGGUUAAAUGCAAUGCAUUGUGGUAAAAAGUGUGGUUAAAUGCAAUGCAUUGUGGUAAAAAGUGAUGAAUUCGAGAAUUCGUCGCCCCUUAUAUAUUUCCCUUAAAUCCUGAUUAUGUUGCUGCUCGCUCCCUACGGUCGCUCCGCAAUAAAUUCCAUCCUGAUAUCCAUGGAGAGUUGACAUAAGCAACUUAUGAAUCGACACAUACUCUCUCAGUUUGAAACUAUCAAUGAUUUUCACCUGCUCAAUUUUUUUGUAUGGACACCUCAACCAUUUAUGAAUUUUAGUCAUGAAAUUGUAACUAUCUGGUAAUGUGUAUUUAUGAUAACGUUUUAGUGUUCGAGUGAUAUUUUGUAACUUUUAAGGCUGGACAUUUUGAAAAAUUGUUUUUUUAACAAACGCUACAAUUGUGAAAACUUUUCGUUUAUAGAAUCGCAUAAUUAAGUAAAAUCUCGCAUUCUGAUUGGUUAACGAAGCGAGGUAUUUAGUGUGGAAUUGCGAGUUGAAAACGAGGCUAAGCGAUAUUGUUUCGCAUCUACGUAACAACUAUCGUCAAAUUCUAACACAACAACAUGCAAAAAAGGUUUUCUACAAUGUCAUUUUAAAAUGUUUUCAAAACCAUUCAUUGUCACUUUUUGAAGAGUUAAAAACAAACAAAAGCGUUUUUUAAAGUGAGCCGGAGGUUCUUCCUUGUUUUGAACUGAACUACAGAUUCUCGAAGAGACAUAAAACCUCUUUCACUCGCGACAACCAGAAAACAAGAAAAUCCUGUGAACACGGCCCAGAAAAUGGCAAUCCAAAGUUCAACCAAGCAAAACGGAGAAGCGACAACGGAGGAAGUGCCGGGGUCGAUUGUCCCAUAUACAGAAGAAGAAAUAAAUACCUUCAAAGACGACAUGGCCCCUGAAAACACGAAAAAGAGUACGCCGCUUGCAAUCGUCCUGAAUCGUGGUACUUAGAAAAGUACAAAACAGAGCUGAACUUGAACAGCAUUUCUAAAACAUUUCAAAGGUACUUACCUUAUGUCAAUCGCGACGUUAAACAUGUUAAACUUUCAGUGCUUUCGCUUGGACACUUGAUUUCUUUCAGUUUUGCCGCCGAAGAGGUAAAAGGUGUAAAUUAUUUUCCUUCUCGAGCAAAUGACCAAUUUGAAAAAAGACGUUCUACAUAAACGGCUUCUAAAUUCAGUAAAAUACCUCUAUUUAUCCUUACGAUUAGUGUGAAGCUUGUUUACAUGUAAAAAAGUUUGAAAACAAAUGUGAAACCAAGCACAAGGUACAAAAAAAGUUGUCGAAGGUUCAAUCGUGUACGACUGACCUUGCUUCCCUAUUCGCUAACGCAAUGACAGUUCUGACAGUUGACUUUGAAAUGGCUUUCUGGAGCGCGCUCUCAGGAUAAAAACAAACAAUAUUAUUGCUGUUUUCUUUUUUUUCUUCUUAUUUUUAUUCAAUUAUGCGAUUCAAGGAAAAUUCAUUACCUGACUCGAGAAUUCCACGUUAAAUUGCACUUGAAAAUAAUAUCGCACUCAUCGCUUCGCGAUUCGUGCGAUAUCGGUUUUCGCGUGCAAUUAACGUGGAAUUCCCGUCAGGUAAUGAAUUUUCCUAUAGAAUAUUACGUUAAGAGCAGCAUUACAUCAGAAUAUAGCUUAAUUCCUUUCAGCUGCGAAAUUAGACAGUGUGCAUUUAGGAAAGUCUAAUACAAACUUUAUUUGAGAGUGACCGUCUAUCAAAUCAUUUACGCUAUCUUUGCUUUUGACAGAACACGUCACUGACAACGCACAAGUCAAUCGAGCUCAAAUUUAUUAAUAAAUUUAGCGUGCUAUUAUUAACAAUUACUAUAUUAGGGUUCCUUGCAAAUUCUACCUAAGAAAACGCUCCUGUCAGACACACACCCUGUUGAUGAAAAAAGGCGCUAUGAGAUUGCAGAGGUGGCCAGAUAAAAUAAUUUGCUCACUCAUAUUCUGCUUCAUCUUUGCAGCAGUUUUGGCGGCCAAAGAAGAAUCUAGAUCUUCCUACAUAGUAGCCCAAGAGAACAAACGUUUACAUGGCUAUGCUGUAAAGAAAAUCGAUUCUACGGAUGAAAUGGCAUGCAGUCAAGCUUGUUUAAGGCAUUGUUUGUGUACUUCUUCUAACUUUAAAGAGUCCUCAGGCAAUUGUGAACUGAACAAGCACGAGUUUUCAAUAACUGCAGAUGAUGACACCAAGCUCACUGAUAAUACGGGCACAACGUUUUCAAUGUUUCUUAAGGUGAGUCGAAGAGAAGUUUGUCAACAACGUACGCGAUGUAAUUAAGAACUGCGUUGAACUAAAUUUUUAACUAAUAUACAUCUGUUCUGUUGCAAAAAACAGUAAAGUUGAGUCUUGUUAGGAUGCAUUUAUGAAAAAUGGCAUCCAAAGCGGGGAUAUGUCUUGUAUUGUAAUUGGAGUCAGCCAUGUUCACUGCCUUUUGCUACCAGUUUCAAUCCGCCGGACAAUUUUUUAAUGUUAUUGACGGCUAUGUAUUCUUGCCUUCAGUUGGUUUACUUGUUAUUAAAUUACAGUUAAGAAAAAUGUGCAGUGCAAUUAAAAAUACAAGGAGAGUUCGUCGAGUCUGUAUGUGUAAUUUAUGGAAAUUCUAUUUUGGUUUCUAAGUUCAAAGUAUAUAUUGUACAGAUAUAUGAUUUGCACUGCGCCUCGAAAAGUAUCCUGAGAGAUCAGUACGCACUGCAAGGAUGACAUGAAUUUGAACGUUUUUGCCCUAAAACAUUUGCUAGUGCAAAAAGCUGCAGGAAGUCGAUGGAAAACAACUUUUGCUUACCCAUGUAAAAUGUGAUUUUCUGCAGGGUUGUCUGAUGGCUGGAUGCCUCAAUGGAGGUUCUUGUUUGUUCGACAAAAACAGAAGCUUUCGCUUGCUCGUGCAAUCUGCAAUGGAGUGGGGAAAAUGUGAACUAGGUAAAUUUUUAGUUUUUUUUUUUUGUCCCUUAUAAUAAAUAUAGAAUAAUGAAAGAGGUGUAUUCUGUGCUAGCACCUGGUAUCCCGAAUUCCAUGCAGGGAAACUCUAGGCCUCUGCUAACAGGGAAAGAUGUGUACUGUUUGAAGCAAAAUCACAUUCACGUAUUUGUCUGUAUCUAGCAAAUGUACUUUUCAGUGGUACAAAGAAAGUUAAACUGUUGACAGAUUGCCAAUUUAAUGAACCUUCUACUCCGUGAAACUGGUAUGUAGCAUUAAGAGUUUACUUUUAAUAUUUUCUUAGCCUCAAAUGUGGAUCGUCCUGGAAUCAGGUUCUUUAGUAGGAAGAAAAAAAGCGAAUAAUGGUGUAAACAGCCUGCUAUUCGCCCUUUUUCUCCUCUAGGAAGCCUGAUCUAAGCUAAGUCUGGAACUUCCAUGUUUUUCUUGUGAUUUUACGCUUUAUUUCUCAUGAAGUAUAGGCUCCUGAAGGGUAUAUAUGUCCAAUGCAUGGCUGUGGCCAUUUUUAAUUUUGGGUUCGCCAUCUUGUGUUCCGGCCAUUAGGCUCUAAAGCAAAAGCUUUCAGCCGACCUUGCAUUUUUGGCGAUUUUCUCCAUUUGAUGGAUCUGUUUUUGUAGACAUUGAUGAAUGCGCAAAAAUACCCACUAUUGCGGUGCCAAUGCUUACUGCAAUAAUACCAAGGAGGAUACAACUGCACUUGUCAUCCGGGAUAUUACGGAGAUGGAAAGAAUUGUGA